CCUGUGACCACCAUCCCAACACCUGAAGCCAUGGCCAGCGGGGAAGAUGAGCCAAGGAACUGUGCUGUGUGCGGGGACCGAGCCACAGGCUAUCACUUCCAUGCCUUGACUUGUGAGGGCUGCAAGGGCUUCUUCAGGCGAACAGUCAACAAAAGCACCAGUCUCACCUGUCCCUUUGCUGGAAGCUGUAAGGUCAAUAAGGCCCAGAGGCGCCACUGCCCAGCCUGCAGGUUGCAGAAGUGCCUAGAUGCUGGCAUGAAGAAAGACAUGAUCCUAUCAGCAGAAGUCCUGGCAUUGCGGCGAUCAAGACAGGUUCAGCGCCGGGCACAGCAAGCAUCACUGCAGCUGAGUAAGGAGCAGAAGACGUUAGUCCAAAUACUCCUGGGGGCCCAUACCCGCCAUAUGGGCACUAUGUUUGAUCAGUUUGUGCAGUUCAGGCCUCCAGCUCAUCUGUUCAUCCAUCACCAGCACUUGCCUCCCCUGGUGCCUGAACUGUCUCUGCUCAUGCAUUUUGCGGACAUCAACACUUUCAUGAUACAGCAAAUUAUCAAGUUCACCAAGGAUCUGCCCCUCUUCCGGUCCCUGCCCAUGGAGGACCAGAUCUCCCUUCUCAAGGGAGCAGCUGUAGAAAUCUGUCAAAUCGUACUCAAUACCACUUUCUGUCUGCAAACACAAAAAUUCCUCUGUGGGCCUCUUCGCUACACAAUAGAAGAUGGAGCACAUGUAUCUCCCACAGUGGGGUUCCAGGAAGAGUUUUUGGAGUUGCUCUUUGGCUUCCAUAAGACACUUCGGCGACUGCAGCUCCAGGAGCCUGAGUAUGUGCUCAUGGCUGCUGUGGCCCUCUUCUCUCCUGCUCCCUAUCUGGCAGACCGGCCUGGGGUAACCCAGUGGAAGGAGAUUGAUCAGUUGCAAGAGGAGAUGGCACUGACUCUGCAGAGCUACAUCAAAGGGCAGCAGCCAAGUCUCCGGGACAGGUUUCUCUAUGCAAAGCUGCUGGGCCUAUUGGCUGAGCUCCGAAGCAUUAACAAAGAAUACUGGUACCAAAUCCAGAACAUCCAGGGACUGUCCACCAUGAUGCCGCUGCUCCAGGAGAUCUGCAGCUGAGGCCCGGUUUGCCUCCUUCCCCAGCCCACCUGCACACGAUGGACUGUGUACGGCAUCCAGGGGAAAGUGCUGGGAGCCGUCAAAAGGGAGCCCACUGGUUGCAAUGAAAGAUUAAAGCAAUAACUGCC